UUCUUUAAUUUUUCAGUUUUUUAGCGGGACCCUUUGUCAAGAUGAAGGAUCGUUUGGCACAGUUGAAGGAGAAAAGUGAUGGGGGAGGAGAUGAGGUGGAAGUUCCUGUUGAAAAUGAGGCGUUCAUGGACGAUUUCUUUGCUCAGGCUGAGGAUAUUCGAAUCAGCAUCGAAAAGAUGGAGGAGAGCAUCACAGAAAUCAAGAAAGUUUACUCCACCAUUUUGUCAGCACCAACUUCAGACCAGAAAACACAAGACGAUCUGGAAGCCCUCACAAACGAGAUCAAGAAAGCAGCAAACAAUGCCAGAAACAAACUCAAGACUAUUGAGCAGCAGCUGGCCUCCAACACAGACGAGAGAGCAUCAGCUGACCUCAGGAUACGCAAGUCACAGCAUGCAAUCCUGGCAAAGAAGUUUGUGGAGGUAAUGACAAAGUACAAUGAAGCGCAGAUGGAUUUCAGAGACAAGAGCAAAGGAAGAAUCGCCCGACAACUCGAAAUCACUGGAAAAGCUACGACAGAUGAGGAGCUGGAGGAGAUGUUGGAGGGAGGAAACGCGGCUGUCUUCACUGCUGGGAUCACGGAGUCAAAGAUAAACCAACAGGCUUUGAAUGAGAUCGAGGCUCGUCACAAAGACAUCAUGAGACUGGAGAGCUCCAUCAAAGAACUCCAUGACAUGUUCAUGGACAUCGCCAUGUUAGUGGAGAACCAGGGUGGGAUGAUCGAGAGGAUUGAGAGUAACAUGGACCAGUCUGUGGGGUUUGUAGAGAGGGCAGUGGCCGACACCAAAAAGGCUGCUAAGUUUCAGCAGGAGGCUCGAAGAAAACAAAUGAUGAUUGCCUGCUGCUGUGUGAUUCUGGCUCUCAUCCUUGGUUCAUUCCUCUACAGUUUUAUCAAAUAGUUGAAAAGGG